AUGUACGCCUCUCUUCUUGCGGCACUCAGUGUGCCGGCACUUGCAGUUGCCCGAACUGUCGUCACCGUCCCCGAACGUGUCUGUAUCGUCGAGCCUUGUGCAAAUGGCGGUGACUCGGCUCCAGCCAUCAUCGAAGCCUUCGAAAAAUGCGGCCACAACGAGGAGCCCUCACGAGGAAAGGUCGUCUUCCGCAAUGAAACCUACAACAUUCAUAGUGUCAUGAACACCACUGGUCUGAAGAAUGUCGACGUGGACCUCAAUGGACUGUUGCUUUGGGAUACCAAUAUUCCAUACUGGCUCAACCACUCUCUCCCUGUUGGCUACCAAAACCAAUCGUCUGCUUGGUUGUUUGGUGGAGAGAAUAUCAAUUGGGAUGGUCACGGUCAGGCUACCCUCAACGGUUCAGGACAAGUUUGGUAUACCUUUGUCAACGGAACCAACAACUAG